AUGUCACGUCCCAGAAGAUCAAGGAAUUUACUUGUACCAAUUGGCAUUUCUGUUACGGCUGCUGUAGUUGGUUUGGGGCUCUACUUCUGGCAACAAAACUCCUCCCCAGCUUCCUCCUCCAGUGGCCCAGUGCCGCAAGAUCAAGAAUUGUCAGAUCAUACUAGAGCGGGUGAAGAAGACGGACUAGACCAAUCGCAAGCAAAGCAACGGCCAAAUCCUACCGGUUCAGGCAACAAGAGAACUGUCGUUGUAGUAGUCCGAGAGGGCGCCCCAGGACUUCUCUGGAAUAUACCAACCCCACUCAAUCUCAAAACCACAAACGUUUUUAUCCUGGUCCACUCUCCACAAUCUGGUGGUAAACCGGAAAACGCGUACAAAGUUAUAGGAAACAUAUUUCCGGCGGACUAUCCUCGAGAAUAUGUUUUGCCGUAUACGAUUGAUGGGGCGCUCCUGCCAUUAAUACGACAUCUGGCACCAGAGGUGGUAUAUAUGGACGAAUCCCUCGUUGGAGAAGAUGCUGCGUCAGUAACAGGGCUAUUGGAGGGCAAUUGGGUGGGGGCGGUCGUCGUUGCUACGGGAGACCGCUCAGGGAGCAGUGAAUGGCGUCAAAACGUCCAAAGAUUUGGAAGGCGAUGUGCGGUCGUCGACAGGAGCGGUAUCAGGGGAGACUGGGCCGGAAGAGUAGGUUAA